AUGGCAUCGGCAAUCUUCUUUCUCGACCUGAAGGGCAAGACCCUCCUUGCGCGAAACUACCGAGGCGACAUUCCCAUGUCCGCCGUCGAAAAGUUCCCGGUUCUUCUCCUUGAGGCUGAAGAAGAAAGCUCUGCCGUCCCUCCAUGCUUCUCUCACGAAGGAAUCAAUUACCUCUAUAUCAGGCAUAACAACCUAUAUCUCCUCGCCCUUACCAAACGUAACAGCAAUGCUACCGAAAUACUACUAUUCCUGCAUAAAGUUGUGGCCGUCUUUACCGAGUAUUUCAAGGAACUCGAAGAAGAGAGUAUACGUGACAACUUUGUCAUCAUAUAUGAGUUGUUGGACGAGAUGAUGGACUUUGGAUACCCCCAAACGACAGAGACAAAGAUUUUACAGGAAUACAUUACCCAAGAAUCCCACAAACUCGAGGUUCAAGCCAGACCCCCAAUCGCUCUCACAAAUGCCGUAUCCUGGCGUUCCGAAGGUAUCAGAUACCGCAAGAACGAAGUCUUCCUAGAUGUUAUCGAAUCCGUGAACCUACUCGUGAACUCCAACGGCAACGUUCUCCGAUCCGAAAUCCUAGGUGCCAUCAAGAUGAAAUGUUAUCUCUCCGGUAUGCCGGAACUACGAUUAGGAUUAAACGACAAAGUUAUGUUUGAAAGUACGGGAAGAACCAGCAGAGGAAAACAGAUUGAGAUGGAAGAUGUCAAGUUUCAUCAGUGUGUCAGGCUGUCUAGAUUUGAAAACGAUAGAACGAUUAGUUUCAUUCCUCCGGAUGGAGAGUUUGAACUUAUGAGCUAUCGGUUGAAUACGGCAGUUAAACCUUUGAUUUGGGUCGAGUGUGUUGUGGAGAACCACUCGAAUACCAGGAUUGAAUAUAUGCUUAAGGCGAAAGCACAAUUCAAACGCCGGUCUACAGCCAAUAACGUCGAAAUUAUUGUUCCCGUUCCUGAAGAUGCCGACACCCCUCGUUUCCGAACCAAUACAGGCUCAGUCCAUUACGCCCCUGAAAAGUGUGCUAUAGUUUGGAAAAUCAAACAAUUCGGAGGAGGCAAGGAAUUUUUGAUGAGAGCGGAACUGGGUCUGCCCAGCGUUAAGGAACAAGAACCAGAGAGGAAGAAGAGGCCUAUUAGCGUCAAAUUCGAGAUCCCUUACUUUACAGUCAGCGGUAUUCAAGUCAGAUACUUGAAAAUCAUCGAGCCAAAGUUGCAAUACCCAAGUUUACCCUGGGUACGUUAUAUCACACAGACAGGCGAGUACGAAGUCAGGUUACCCGAGCCGACUCAAACAUAG